CAUACCUCAGCUGAAGCUGACUCCCAGCCGGUAACUCGUAGUUCCUUAUUGUUAGACAUGAUGAAGCAUUGCAGAGAAGAUAAUCCUGGAAUUCGGCUCCACAAGCCUGUCUCAGACUGACAGCUCUGUCAGGAUGUUUAGAGUCAGCAACCCUGUCAACCUCAAAUCCUUCAUGCGUCUCCUCAAGUACAUUCACGUUACGAUACGGGUACUCCGUACUCCGCAGGCGACGGGCAAAGGGUGGUCGUUCCAGGAUCACAUGUGCCAGAAAUGUACGGCCAGUCCGAAUCAAUAUCCCUCUCGAAGGUGUGUACCGGGCCAUCGGUUCCCGCUAGUGAUGCAUUUUGGCUCUUAUCGCACAACCUGCGCAGUGACGGGAGGCUCGUUGACAGAGAGAUACUCGUAUUCAACUUCACCAAAACUGACGCAACGUAUAAACUUGUUGUUUCGCUGGAGGGCUUCUGGAGUCAAGCUUAGAACCAAGCUUUGCGCUGUGUCUGUUCGUGGCUCCCAUCAGUGGCGGUCGAUCCUGCUCAGUAGGGCUGCCCUUUUUAGAACUCCUUUUAGCAUAGGACGAAGUCAUUUCGCAGCUUGUUCGAUCACUCUUGAAAUUGAGAUGCUCAUCGGUCUCGUAUCGCGAGGCGGCUGGUGGGACCAAAUGUUUCAAUAUGAUUUCUCGUCAAAGAUAUGGAGUCUGAAGGGCACUUCGAUGGACCCAGUCCCCUGAUAAAUGCACAGUAUCAUUCGAAGACCUUGAAGAGGUGUUCAUCUGAAGAACCUUGUCAUGAUGUCAAUAGUUACCUUACUCACCACCAGGUUGCAGGUCGAACAAUGAAAGCUUGAUCCCCCAGCGUGUCUCUGAUAAGCUGCCUGUCGAAGAAACUGUUAUCAUUUUGAUCAAAUAGGCGAACAGCACUCGGU